AGAAAACCGGAAAAGGUUGUGGUGAUCGAAGAAAAAAGGCAAAAUAACAAGUCAAGGGUUUCAAUUUUCAUUCUUUCUUUUACGAUUUUGUAUCGGUUUUCACCACCACCCAAUCCCAUCGCUCCCCCACUGUCUUCUUCACUCGCUCAUCGUUUUCCUUUUGGUUAUGUUUCGCCAUCCACAAGAUUUUGAAUAAACAAAUCCUUCGAUUGGCCACGAAUUCAAAAAAUCAUGAGCUUCGAUCCAGUUAUGCAGCGCGUUAAUCGCAAUGUUGACGAACAUAUCUCCCAGCUCAUGCAGUGCAAACCCUUGUCCGAACAAGAGGUUAGGUCAUUAUGUGAUAAGGCGAAGGAGAUCCUGAUGAAAGAAAGCAAUGUCCAGCCUGUUAAAAGCCCAGUGACAAUCUGUGGGGAUAUUCAUGGACAAUUUCAUGAUCUUGCAGAGCUUUUUAGGAUUGGUGGAAAGUGUCCUGAUACAAACUACUUAUUCAUGGGAGAUUAUGUUGAUCGUGGUUAUUACUCAGUUGAAACAGUGACUCUCUUGGUGGCUCUCAAAGUGCGUUACCCACAACGAAUUACUAUCUUAAGAGGAAACCAUGAAAGUAGGCAGAUCACUCAAGUUUAUGGGUUUUAUGAUGAAUGCCUAAGAAAAUAUGGUAAUGCUAGCGUGUGGAAGACAUUUACGGAUCUAUUUGACUACUUUCCACUCACUGCAUUGGUUGAGUCUGAAAUCUUUUGUCUUCAUGGAGGAUUAUCUCCUUCAAUCGAAACACUUGAUAACAUAAGAAACUUUGAUCGAGUUCAAGAAGUGCCUCAUGAGGGCCCCAUGUGUGACCUUUUAUGGUCUGAUCCUGAUGAUCGUUGUGGCUGGGGCAUCUCUCCACGUGGAGCUGGAUAUACAUUUGGCCAAGACAUAUCUGAGCAAUUUAACCAUACCAAUAGCUUGAAGCUCAUUGCUAGGGCCCACCAGCUUGUUAUGGAAGGGUUCAACUGGGGCCAUGAACAAAAAGUUGUGACUAUAUUUAGUGCACCUAAUUAUUGCUACCGAUGUGGGAAUAUGGCUUCCAUUCUUGAAGUAGAUGAUUGCAAGGGUCACACAUUCAUUCAGUUUGAGCCAGCUCCAAGGAGGGGAGAACCAGAUGUGACACGUAGGACUCCUGAUUAUUUCCUAUGAUUCAAGAACUUUUAUUUUCAUGAAAAGGGAAAUAAAAAGCAAAUCAUAUCAAAAAAAGACAUACUUGAAUCUUGAUUUUAAGUUCUGGGAAACAAAAAAUGGGAUCCUGGUUUUUCUUCAUCUACCACAUCUCUUUGGUUCCUUCAUUUUUUUCAUUCAAAUUUCUGUUUGUAGAGGAAAAGCUUCUAUAAAUCAUUGCUGUCCUUUUUUUUUUUUUUUCUUUUUGUUUAUUUUUUUGCUGGUAUAAUUCUUUUUUGACAGCUAGUUAAGAAUGCUUGCUAUUAAUUUGUUAUCAAGUUUAUUGAAAAUUGGAUAGUUACUCUUUCUCUGCUGAUGUGGAAAAGUACUUUGUUUCUUGCUUGAGAA